CGGAUAAUGUGGUGAAGGCCCAGACUUCUGACGCAUCGGGCAGGCGGAUGGUCGAUCAGGCUGGCAAACGGCUAAACCACUUAACUUCUACUAAAUAAUCCCAAGACAUUCAACAAGAGCCAACUCGAGCACUACACAUAGCAGUUGUACACUUUAAGUUUGUUUGAGCCUUUGGAGUUUGAUCCUCUGUACUCACUCCCCUCUCAUACACCAUGGCUUCAACAACACGGACUCAGGUUCCCAAGUCUACCCCUCUGGUUUGCUCAGGACACACACGACCGAUCCCAUCGAUAUCAUUCUCGAGUCUCCAGCCGGAUGGACAAUACAUGAUUAUUUCUGCUUGCAAAGAUGGUAAACCUAUGUUACGAGACUGGAUGGGUGAUUGGAUUGGAACGUUUCUGGGUCACAAGGGUGCCGUUUGGUCGGCGAAAUUGAAUCAAGACGCGAGUCUAGCAGUAACCGGAUCGGCAGACUUCUCUGCCAAGGUAUGGGAUACGUUCAGCGGCGAUGUAGUACACACAUUCCAGCACGAUCACAUCGUCAGGGCAGUUGACAUCAGUCCGAGUGGUUCACAUAUCUUCACGGGAGGGAUGGAGAAGAAGCUACGACGUUACGACCUUUCACGACCGGAGGAGCAGCCAGAUGAAUUCAUUGCGCCUGGCUCGACGACAGCACACGAGGGGAUGAUCAAGAGUGUGAUUUGGGAUGAGCCCCACCGAUUGAUCAUCAGUGCUGGGGACGAUAAGCGGAUACGUUGGUGGGAUGCACGGCAGGGUGGAGGCAGCUCGGGUAGCUUUGUCUCCGAGUUGGAGUUUCCAGAUGGCUUGUUGAGCGUCGAACGGAGCUUUGGAAGCGACUGGCUCUCCGUAGGAUCGGGCAAGAAGGCCAUGUUCUUGGAUACCGACACUCGAGAGAUCAUCUUCCAACACGUCCUCACUUAUCCCGUUCCUCUGCUCUCUCGCCCUCGACUCGCGAUCGAUUGUUACUGGAAGCUCCAACGAUGGCUGAUUCGAGUCUAUGAUGCAAUCUCAGGUGAAAUGAAAGAAGAAAAUAAAGGUCAUCAUGGUCCAGUACAUUCUAUUGCUUUUUCACCUGAUGGAGAGCUAUAUGCCUCAGGCUCUGAAGAUGGUACCAUCAGAUUAUGGCAAACGACACCGAAGAACUAUGGGCUAUGGAGGUAUGAUGCUUAG